AUGGCAACGCCGACUCCUCUGACCGACUACCAGCAGACGUACCACUGGCGUAACAAAAACUGCGGCCCGUGGGCGCAGGAGUGGGUGCGCACGACGCUCCCGACCGUCAAGGCGGAGGGCGACGGCAACACGGUGUCCAUCACGUCUGUGACGUCGGUCGAGGGCGACUGCGACCUCGGCCAGCGCAAGGGCAAGCUGCUGACAAUCUACGACAUGGAGGUGUCGGCCAAGUGGGCGGGGUCGAACGCGUCCGGCGACGAGUUCACGGGCACGCUGCAGCUGCGCGAGUUUACGCACGAAGCGAUCGACGGCCUGACGGACUACGUGUUUGAGACGGGGAUCGAGCAGAGUGGGGGGGCCGCCGACGCGUUCCGCGCGUGGCUGCGCGGCGCGCUCCCCGCCGCGCUUAAGCCCCGCCUCGACGGCUUCCGCGCGGACCUGUUGUCCGCGCACGGCAUGGACACGCCGGGCAGCGGCGUGUCGACGCCCGCGGCGUUCAAGGCGGGCUACUCGCCCGCGCCGCCGGGCGAGCAGCACGUGCGCGCGGUCGCGGCCGUCGCGGCGCAGAAGAAGCGCGAGGACGCGGGUGAGAAGAAGGGCCUGCGCACCGUGUCCGUGUCUGUGUCGGCGCAGAUGCAUGCGUCGGCCGCGGACAUGUGGGGCCUGUUGACGGACGCGGCGCGCGUGCCGCUGUGGUCGCGCGCGCAGGCGGACAUCGCGCCCGACGUCGGGCGCAAGUACACGCUCUUCAACGGCAACGUGUCGGGCGCGAUCAUCUCCGUCGACGCGCCAAAGAAGCUCGUGCAGAGCUGGCAGACCAAGUCACCCGGAUGGCCCGCCGACCACCACGGCAUCAUGACGAUCACGCUCGACCAGGGCUCGGACUCGACGAAGGUCACGUUUGCGCUCGACGGCGUCCCCGCAGACAAGGAGGCCGACAUCACGCAGGCCCUCGAGGCGUUCUACAUCCGAGGGUGGGUGAAUGUGCGGACGCCGCUGACGCCAGACUCAAACAGAUGGGGUUAG